AUGAAUGGAAAGGAGGUAUGUUGGACCACAAGAAAUCUUGAUGAGGGAAAGAGAAAAAAAAUUCUAGCGGAAAGAUUAGCAUCAUUGUGUAAGAAAGCACAUGAAUUGACUAUUCUAUGUGAUGUAAAAGUUAGUAUAAUUUCUUUUACUCCCGGAGAAACUGAUAUUUUUGCUUGGCCAUCAUUAGAUGAGGCUAAUGACAUAGUAAAUAGUUAUUUAGCUUGCCCAGAGAAGCAAAGAAAAUACAAGUUAGUUGAACAUGAAGCCUAUCUGCAAGCUAUAGUGAAUGAUCGGGAAGAAGAUAUCAGAAAAUUAGAGCAAAUGGUUGAGGAGAAGAAAAUGGAGAACCUCUUCAACCAACUUGUUGAGGGAAGGAAAAGGUUCGAUGACUUUAAUGUAAGAGACAUUAAAUGUUUGCUAAAGUUAUUUGUUGUAAAGAGGGCUGAACUUGACCAAAGGAAGAUACAACUUAGGGAAAAUAUUGCAAACGAAAUCGGUGCUAAUGACAGCAAUGCUAGAGAAGAGAAUGAUGGGCAUCCUUAG